UCGUAGACCGGCUUUCGCGUUCGAACCUCGUUUCUCUCGACAACGAGCUUCCAAGUUAAAACAACUUAUACCGCAUUCACGCCGCAGUGUGUGUAUAUUGUGCCUGUAGGUAUAUAUAUAUAAAAAAUAGUACUCAAAAUCGUGUGACAAAAUGUUACAACUGGUCGAGAGCGCCCUCAACAAUCCAAAAUUUUACUACGGUGGUUUGUUUGGAAUUGGUUUUUGCAUUUACUACCUCUGGGAAGUUGUAAAAAUGUUUUAUUUUAGACUCCCCUAUUCGUUUGUGGGAAUGGUCCAUUUCGAGAAUUUUUGGAAAAGCACAUGCCCAUCUUAGAGAGUAAAUUUUGGCCAACACUAUGGUGUUUUGAAUCAAGGGCACAAACUGUUUUUGCCAGUAUAUUACGCUCAAGAAUAUUGCCACAGAUUUCAUAUCGCAGGGAAAUUCUGAUACUUUCGGACGGUGGUGAAGUGGCAUUGGAUUGGGCCGAAGAUAAUUGUUGUAACACAUCGCCAAUUAUAAUUAUUCUACCGGGACUAACUGGUGCCAGUCAAGCAGAUUACAUCAAAUGCUUGGUAUCAGCGGCAAAGAAUGUUGGAAUAAAAUGUGUAAUCUUUAACAACAGAGGUCUCGGAGGAGUACAACUAAAAACACCAAGAUUGUAUUGUGCUGCAAAUAUUGAGGACUUUACGGAGGUUCUGGAGCAUGUUAGAAAAACACGACCAAAUGUGGCUAUCGGUGCCACAGGAAUUUCUUUAGGAGGGUUAAUUUUAGGUAAUUAUUUAGCACAAAAGGGUCCAGAGGCGGUUGGAAAAUUAAUGGCGAGUCUUGCAAUUUCGGUACCGUGGAAUGUUUUCGAAGCAACAAAAAGUAUAGAGAAGCCAUACUUAAAUCUCAUGUUAAACCGACAUUUAUGUGGGAAUCUUUGUCGAAAUGUGUCUCUUCAUCAGUCGAAAUUUUGCGAGACAAGCUUCGAGAAUUUAGAUGUUAUUCUAAAGAGUAAGACAGUUCGAGAAUUUGAUGAGAGUUUCACGUCAAAAGCAUUUGGAUUUAAAGACGUUGAGGCUUAUUAUGCCAAAGCAACUUUACACGAUAAACUACACAAUAUUCAAAUUCCUCUUCUUUGUUUGAGUGCGGCUGAUGACCCUUUUCAACCUCUAGAAGCAAUUCCCUUGGAAGAAGUUAAAGAUACAAAACAUGUAGCUAUGAUUGUUACAUCACGAGGAGGACAUAUUGGCUUUUUAGAAGGUGUUUGGCCUGUGCAUAAAGAACGAGAACAAUAUAUAGGAAAAGUUUUUUCACAAUUCUUCACAGCUGUUUUCACACAUGGCCUUGAUGAUCCAGCCUUUUACAGAUAGCCAAUAAAUCAAGAGAUUUUUUUCAUGAAAAAACAUUAAAGAAAUUCUU